UCCUUUAACUUCAGCCCAGCUGCACAUAACAGGCAGACACUUGUGAUAUACACUCACAGGCAGAAGUUUUCCUUACAAGUCCAGACAUGAUUUUUCAGUAUUUAUUGGAACUUAGCUUUUCUAGCUGGUUGAUAGGAAUUUUUCUGGUUCUGCUGCUUAUUGACUUAAUCAAAAAUAAAAAUCCUCCCAGCUUUCCGCCAGGACCGCGACCUCUGCCCUUUGUUGGAAAUAUCUUCAGUGGCCUUGACUUCCCAACUAUAGACAAGCUUGCUGACAAGUAUGGAGAGGUUUUCAGUCUGAGAUUGGGCUUUGGAAAAACAGUGUUUGUCUCUGGAUACAAAAAUGUGAAGGAGGCCCUCGUCAUGGACACCUUUGUUGAUCGUCCUGAUGUCCCCUUGUUUUACAAAAUCUUCAAGGGACUUAGUGUAGGUGUGAGUAAUGGGUACCUGUGGAAGAUGCAGAGGAAGUUUGCCGUCACUCACCUGCGACAUUUUGGUGAGGCGAAGAAGGACCUUGAGCUAAGCAUGCAACAGGAGACCACGUUUCUGUGUGAUGCUUUCAGAGAUGAAAAGGGCCCUUUUGACCCUCAGAUCUACUUGAACAGCGCAGUAUCAAACAUCAUCUCUGCACUAGUAUUCGGACAUCGCUUUGAAUACCACGAUGAGCAUUUUUAUAAUAUCUUGCGUUUGGACACUGAAGCCAUCUCACUGGCUUUCUCUGCUGGGGCUCAGCUGUACAAUUUCUUCCCAAGCCUCUUUGAGCAUCUUCCUGGCACUCACCAGAAAGUGUUCUCCAACUAUAAUAAGAUUACAAGCUUUAUAAGUGAUGAAGUCAAAAAGCACAAGGAAAAGUUUGAUCCUUCAAACCCACGGGACUACAUUGAUGCUUUCCUACUAGAAAUUGAGAAGAACAAUGACCCAGAUGCCGGCUUUAACAUUGAGACAUUAAUAGUGUCCUCUUUGGAGAUGUUUGAGGCGGGGUCAGAAACUACAGCCACUACAUUACGAUGGGGUUUUCUUUACAUGAUGAAAUACCCUGAGAUACAGAAAAAAGUACAGGAGGAGAUAGACAGAGUGAUCGGACAGUCACGUCAACCCUGCAUGGCCGACAAACCCAACAUGCCCUACACUGAAGCUGUCGUUCAUGAAAUACAAAGAGCAGGCAAUGUUAUUCCUCUGGGUUUCCCCAAAAAAGCCAUUAAAGACACAACACUGGGAGGAUACUUCAUACCAAAGGGCACGUCUAUGGUUGCUAACCUGACCUCUGCCCUUAAGGACAAAAACGAGUGGAAAACACCCGACACCUUCGACCCAGAAAACUUUCUGGAUGAUCAGGGACAAUUCCGCAAGAGAGGCGCCUUUUUACCCUUUUCAGCAGGUAAGAGAGUGUGUGUAGGGGAAUCUCUGGCCCGCAUGCAGCUCUUCUUGUUCUUCACCGCCCUGCUGCAGCGCUUUACGUUGUCCCCAGACCCUGGAGUGAAGCUGAGUCUAGAGGGCCUGAUGGGAAUUACGUACGCUCCCCAUCCCUACCGCAUGUGUGUGACUCAACGUUAAAUAAUGUGGUAUAAUAAAACGUUUUUUUUUUUUAAGAAUGCUUUAAUAUACACUAUAUGUACAAAUGUUUGUGGACGCUACGUCUAAUGCAUGUUCUUAGUUACUUUGAGAGUUCCUGACACAUAUGAGUAAAUGUACUGUGGCUUUUCUGGGCACUGAAAUAAAAGUGUUGGCAAUUUGUACCAAGCCAAGUUCAGGCCACAUGGAUGUAAACACCCAGGACUGAGCUAUGGAGCUAAAGUACUGGUGUAAUGGUGGUCCAAUGUAUGUGCAUAAAUUCUCAGAUAUGAUCUAAUAUUAGCACUAAACAUUCUCUUUAUGUUCACUAAACUUUCUAAACUUUUGCUUGGUGUGUAUAUUUAAUUUAUCCUAGCUAUUUGGGAUAAGUAAGCCAAAACAAGUAAAAAAAACAAAACAAACAAAAAAAAACAAUGUACUCAUGGAGACAGUAGUUUAUUUGAACUUUUAAAAUGAUCCUUGCAUAUUUGGGAUCAGAAGGACCUAAUUGGUCUAAAAACAAAAGUGUAGCUUUCUACACUAAGUACAGUGUGAAUCUUAAAAUUGGAUGAUCAUUUCUGUCUGGACUGGCUGUAGAAAUUUUGAAUGGGAUUCCGUUUCCCGCAAUCUUGUUUUCAAUCAGUUGAGUGUAAUGUUGUCAUGUGACCACUAGAUGGUACAGGCAGUGUCUCCAUAUGAGGACAAGGGGUUAAUACCCUUAAUUUAAAAAAAAAAGUUUUCGAAAUGCAGAAAUGUAAUGUUUCCAAAUGAAGUUUCAAGAGGUUAAUACCCUUCAUUCAGAAAAAAACAAGCAACAAAUGAGCAAGUGUCCCAAUACCUUUGUCUAUACAGUGUAUCAGUGUACAGUGUAUGGUGAUAGAUAGAUAGAUUUAGGAAUAUGUUUUAAUGCUCAUUGGUGGUGAGCAUUAAAACAUAUUUGUUAAAAUAAUUUGUACUAACACAAUUAACAAUAAAUUAACAUUUAUUGUUUAUACAUUGAAAUAUUUGUGACAAAUCACAUUAGACAAAUUAAACAAUAGGGGACAUACAUUUAUGCUACAAUUUAACAAAUGCAUGUAUGUAACUCAUAUGUUUAACAAUAUAGUAAUGACAGAAAAGUGUGGCUUUCAUGCAAAAGCUCUGCAUCUACAAAUCAUUAUUUUAGGAAAAGACAUGUUUUCAACUUAUAAUUCAAGAAAAUGUAAACUUUCUUUAAUUGUAUUGCUCAAAUUAUCAAGAAAUUUGACAAAAUUCAGGGAAUGAUGAUCAGAUCAGAUUUAAAUAAUGUCAGAAAGUCAAAACAUCUAUAUGUAUAUUUGUUUUUUUUUAUAUGUGCCGAUCAAUCAACAAGAUAUGUAUGACAGAUACAAAUGAUGUACUGUAUAUCUGUACAAUAAAAAAUGCUUACAUAUAUCUA